AUGGAGAGCCCGCCCUCUCGGAUCGCGGUCCUGAGCGGCAUGGAGAGGCGCUCGGUGCAGUCCCAGUGCAAGCGGAUCCGCCGCUUGUUGCACGGGAGCCACGGCGCCUGGUCGGAGGAGAAGACGAACAUGUUCAUCGACGAGGUGGUCGCCUCCAACGGUCGUCCAAGUUGGAAGGAGAUAGCCUCACGCAUGGGUGCCAGCGAGGAGCAGUGCAAGGACAAGUGGAAGAACAUCUGCAACAAGAGCACGAAGGGGCGCUUCAGCAACAUGGAGAGACGAACGUUGAAUCGGGCCGUGCUCAAGCUCACCGGCCAGUUGGCGCCCACGAGCGACGUGCCGUGGAAGCAGGUGCAGAAGUGGCUGCCGCACAGGACGCCAGAGCAGUGCAUGGCGCACUGGUACCACGUGGAGCUCCCGAUGCUGGAGCAGUACGAGGACAAGAACGGCGUUCCUCUGUCCACCGCCGUCUUCUGCCGGCUCAUCGUCAAGAGCCUGAAGAGGGAAGUGGCCGAGCACGGCAUCCGGUCCGCGGAGGAGGCGAACUGGGUGGACGCGAACCCCUGGUGGUCUGCAGAGCAGAACAGGGCUAAGUUCACGUCAAUGCUGCUUCGAUUACCGCGAGAAGUUCUUCGUGACGGCACCUUCGAGGAGAAGCUCGAUUUCUUGUCGAAAGACUGGUUGUGUGCAGAGGAGGCGAAGAACGACGAGAAGCUCCUGGAGCACGUGCGCUUGAGCCGCAGGAUGCGGUCGUACAGGAGAAAGCUCAAGGCGCCGACCCGGGCCUCGGGGGCCUUCAAAAAAUUGGUCUACUCUAUCUGCCUUCAAAAAACCGUUAUUACAGGGUCGCGGGAUCGCGCUGCAGCGCCGAGUUUCUCGACGCCGACGUCGCCAGUGCCUCGCCGACGUUGCCGGCGCAUCGGCGAUGCGGCGCGAUCCUCCGACACCAUGCGCGCCGACCCCAUCUAG